CUCUGCAGCGCGGCGGCCGCGACCGCCAGCCCCGUGUCCCUCUUGGGCCGCCGUUCCCCCCCCGGUCGCCGUGUCGGUGCCGCCGGUGUCUCCGGUGUCGCCGCCGCCAUGGUGUUCCAGUGCCAGCGGGACAGCUGGGCCCGGCAGUUCGCUACCAGGGUGGUGUCGUGCCGGGCGGCGGAGCUGCGGCCCGAGGGCGGCGGGGAACCGGUGCGAGGGUUCCAGGUGGUGCUGGAGGACACCAUCCUCUUCCCCGAGGGCGGCGGGCAGCCGGACGAUCGCGGCCUCAUCGGGGACGUUCCGGUGCUGCGUGUGACGCGGCGGGGCCCCGAGGCGCUGCACUUCGUGGAGACGGCGUUGGAACCGGGCACCGAGGUGCUGCUGUCGCUGGACUGGGACCGCCGGUUCGACCACAUGCAGCAGCACUCGGGACAGCAUCUCAUCACUGCCAUUGCUGAGCAGAUGUUUGGGUUCAAGACGACUUCAUGGGAGCUGGGCCGUCAGCAAAGUGUCAUUGAGCUGGACACCCCCUCCAUGACAGCAGAGCAAGUGGAGGCCCUGGAGAGGAGUGUGAAUGAGAAAAUCCGGGAGAGGGUGCCCGUGGUGGUGAGGGAGCUGGCAGCAGAUGACCCUGAGAUUGAAACUGUGAGGAGCCGUGGGUUGCCUGAUGACCACGUGGGGCCCGUGCGAGUUGUGGACAUCGAAGGUGUGGACUCCAACCUGUGCUGUGGCACCCACGUCUCCAACCUGAGUGAUUUGCAGGUGAUUAAACUCCUUGGUACAGAAAAAGGGAAGAAGAACAAAACCAACUUGGUUUUCCUGGCAGGAAACAGAGUGCUGAAGUCAAUCCAACAAAGUCACAGUACUGAGAAGGCUCUGACUUCACUGCUCAAAAACAGACCAAGUGAGCACGUAGAGGCUGUGAAGAGGCUGCAGAGUUCUGUGAAACUUCUGCAGAAGAAUAACUUGAACCUACUCAGAGACAUUGCUGUUUUGAUAGCCCGGGAUUUCAAGAGCAAACCUGUUCAAAGCCAGCUCUUUGUGUUACACAGAAAAGAGGGUGACUCUGAAUUUAUGAAUAUCAUUGCUAACGAGAUUGGGACAGAGGAAACCCUGCUCUUCCUGACUGUGGGGGAUGAAAAAGAAGCAGGACUCUUUCUUCUAGCUGGACCUGUGGAAGCAGUUGAGAAUUUAGGUCCCAGAGUAGCAGAGCUUCUGGGAGGCAAAGGAGCUGGGAAGAGAGGCCGCUUCCAGGGCAAGGCAACCCAGAUGAGUCGUCGAGGGGAAGUGCAAGCUCUGCUUCAGGAAUUCAUCAGCCAUCGAAGCCCUGAAGUGUCCCAGGGCUGCUGCAAUCUCAGCUGCAGAAACUAAAGGGCGCUGCUGAGCCACGGUGGGAAAAAGCUCAACAGGUCAUUCAGGAUUUUUUUUUUCCUCU